UUGGGCUAAGUGUCCCUCCGUGGGCUUCGGCUGGGAGCGAUGGCGAGCACUCGAGAGGACACCCCGGAAUCUACCCCUUCUCUGCCAGACUCCAGAGAGCCCCCCGCGUUGGCCAGGAUCCCCGACUUGGAGCCUGAGGGCUGCGCCCAGUCCCUGGAAACGGCCCCCAAGAAACUCUGCGGAUAUUUAAGUAAGUUUGGCGGUAAAGGGCCCCUCCGGGGCUGGAAAUGCCGCUGGUUCUUCUACGACGAGGGGAAAUGCCACCUGUAUUACUCGCGGACGGCGCAGGACGCUAACCCCCUGGACAGCAUCGACCUCUCCAGUGCGGUCUUCGACUGCAAGGUCGCCGCCGAGGAGGGGACUUUCGAGAUCAAGACCCCCAGCCGGGUGAUCACCCUCAAGGCUCCUACCAAACAAGUGAUGCUGUACUGGCUGCAGCAGCUACAGAUGAAGCGCUGGGAAUUCCACAAUAGCCCUCGGGCCCCUCCUGCCGCCCUGGACCCCACCCUGGCCGGGAACGGGCCUGCCCUGCAUCUGGAUCUAGGACAAGGCGAGGAGGCAGCGCUGGAGGAGUUCCUGUGUCCUGUGAAAACGCCCACUGGGCUGGUGGGGGUGGCGGCCGCCCUGCAGCCGGCCCCUGCCAUGCCUUCUGCCCUCCACAACAUCUCUCUCAAGCACCUAGGAACAGAAAUACAAAAUACCAUGCACAACAUCCGUGGCAACAAGCAGGCCCACGGGACAGGCCACGGACCUCUGGUGGAAGAGUCCCCACAAAGUGGGGGGCCUCAGAGAGAGGAGCAGCCCUCAGGCCCUGAACCCAGCACCCCAGGGAGAGAGCCAGCAGAUUCUCCAAAGGCCGUACCCAAAUCCUCGGUGCCCACCAACGUUACACAGAAAGCCAAGCGCCAGAGCAACACCUUCCCAUUCUUUUCCGAUGGGCUGGCCAGGACCCGAUCGGCCCAGGAGAAGGUGGUGGCAUUGGAGCAGCAGGUGCUGAUGCUCACUACCGAGUUACAGUCCCAGAAGGAGUUGGUGAAGAUCCUGCACAAAGCCCUGGAGGCUGCCCAGCAGGAGAAGCGGGCAUCUAGUGCCUACUUGGCAGCGGCCAAGGACAAGGACCGGCUGGAGCUGGUGCGGCACAAAGUGCGUCAGAUUGAGGAGCUGAGCCGGCGGGUGGAGGCCUUGGAGCAGGAGCGGGAGCACCUGGCACACGAAGCCGGCCUGCGGGAGCAGCAGGUGCAGGAGCUGCAGCAGCACGUGCAGCUGCUCAUGGACAAGAACCAGGCCAAGCAGCAGGUCAUCUGCAAGCUCUCGGAGAAGGUCACCCAGGACUUCACCCAGCCUCCUGGGCCCCCCAGUACUGAUGACCGGGACUUCCUGAGCCAGCAGGAGAGGAUGGAGCAUCUGAAGGAUGACAUGGAAGCCUACAAGACCCAGAACCGCUUCCUCAACUCUGAGAUCCACCAGGUCUCCAAGAUUUGGAGGAAGGUGGCUGAGAAGGAGAAGGCCCUACUGAUGAAGUGUGCCUACCUCCAAGCCAGGAACUGCCAGGUGGAGAGCAAGCAUCUGGCCGGGCUGCGGAGGCUACAAGAGGCGGCUGCGGGGACAGAGGCGCACGCAUUUUCCGACCUGCUGCGGCAGCUCGUCCAGGAGGCGCUGCAGUGGGAGGCCACCGAGGGCUCAGCUGACCCCAUGGGGCUGAACCCCGUCAGUGAGUAUGAUGAAUACGGCUUUCUGACAGUGCCUGACUAUGAGGUGGAAGACCUGAAGCUGCUGGCCAAGAUCCAGGCGCUGGAGGUGCGCUCCCAUCACCUGCUGGGCCUUGAGGCCAAGGAGCGGCCCCUGCGGGAGCGCUGGUCUGCCAUCGAUGAGCUGGCGCCCUCGGCAGAGCUCAAGCAGAUGCUGCGGGCCGGCGUGCCCCGCGAGCACCGGCCGCGUGUCUGGAAGUGGCUGGUCCAUCGCCACGUGCAGCACCUACACACUCCUGGCUACUACCAGGAGCUGCUGGGCCGGGGCCAGGCCUGCGAGCACCCCGCCGCCCGCCAGAUCGAGCUCGACCUGAACCGGACCUUCCCCAACAACAAACACUUCACCUGCCCUACCUCCAGCUUCCCCAGCCAGCUCCGCCGGGUGCUGCUGGCCUUCUCCUGGCAGAACCCUGCCAUCGGGUACUGCCAGGGCCUGAACAGGUUGGCGGCUAUCGCCCUGCUGGUCCUGGAGGAUGAGGAGAGUGCCUUCUGGUGCCUUGUGGCCAUCGUGGAGACCAUCCUGCCUGCCGACUACUACAGCAAGACACUAACAGCGUCCCAGGUGGACCAGCGGGUGCUCCAGGACCUCCUCUCAGAGAAGAUGCCCCGGCUGGUGGCCCACUUGGGACAGUACCGUGUGGACCUCUCCCUCAUCACCUUCAACUGGUUCCUCGUGGUCUUUGCAGACAGUCUCAUCAGUGACAUCCUCCUGCGGGUCUGGGACGCCUUCCUGUAUGAAGGGACCAAGGUGGUGUUUCGCUAUGCCCUGGCCAUUUUCAAAUACAAUGAGGAGGAGAUCCUGCGACUACAGGACGGCCUGGAGAUCUACCAGUACCUGCGCUUCUUCACCAAGACCAUCUGCGACAGCCGGAAGUUGAUGAAUAUCGCCUUCAACGACAUGAACCCCUUCCCCAUGAAGCAGCUGCAGCAGCUGCGGGCAGCCCACCGGGAACGGCUGGAGGCCGAGCUGCGGGAGCUGGAGCGGCUGAAGGCCGAGUACAUGGAGAGGAGGGCGUCCUGGGGCAGAACGCUGCCCGAGAGCUAUGCCAGCGAGGAGGACGGGGAGGGCGAGGCCUGACCUGACCCCUCACCUCCCAAAGCCCUUCUCACCUGGAUGAACAGGCCCCCAGAGGUCAGGCCUGGAGCUCCAUGCUGCAUGACCCUCAGGACAUUUCUGGGAAGCCACUGGUUGGCAAUGUCACCUGUGUCACAUACAUGCACACACAGAGCACUUUAGCCCGUGGCAGGCGAGAGCAUGGCGUCCCCUGGGGUGUCUCCUCAGUAUAUCCACAGAAA